AUGUGUGGGUGACAAUGAAUAGAUCUUCGUAGUCAUCAAGAUGACAGCAGUAAUGUGGCCAAUGACCUCAACAGAAACCAUGGAAACUUUCUGGCACUGCUAAAGUAUAGGGCAUGUGGAGGCAAUUCAAUCUUGGAUGACCACUUCAAUUCAUGUGCUGGGAAUGUGAUAAACACAAGCAAGACAAUCCAGAAUGAGCUGAUUAUGAUCUGCAGUCAUUUGAUCAGAGGCUUGAUCCUGGAGGAAGUAAGGGAAGCCUGA